AUGCAAGAUAGUUAUAGAAACCAUAUAAGAGAGUAUAAUAAAGAUAAGCUUGAUAGUGGUAAAAGAAAAAUGAAUGAUGUUACACAUGAUUUAGAAAUAAAUGAUGUGAAUGAAAUAAGCAUGGAAGAUAAUAUAUUGAAUGAAGUUGUUAAGUUAAAAAAUGACUUGGAAAAGGCAUUAAUAGAAAAUAAAGAAUUAAAAAAUAAAUGUAAUGAAGAUCGAAAACGAUUAGAUUUGUUGUCAUUAAAAAAUAAUUCUCUUUUAAAUGAAAUAUGUGAAGAAAAGGAGAUGUUAAAAAUAGAAUAUAAUAAUUAUAAAAUGGAAUCUGUAAAAGAUAUUAAAAGACUACAAGAUGAAUUAGAUAAAAAUGUAAUUAUGUUAAAUUGUUUAAAAGAUGAAAUAUUAUUUAAAGAAGAAGAAUUAAGAAAAGCCGAAAUUAUUGAAAGACUUUAUAAACAAGAAAGUGAAUUAAAUGAAGAAAAAGAUAUGAAAAUAAAAAAGUUAGAAAAUUUAUUAAAUCAAGAAAUAUAUUUAAAAAAUGAUAAAGAAGAAAAAGAUAAAAUUAAUAAAGAAGAAAUAAAUGAAAAAUUACAAUUACUUAAUAAUGAUUUAGAUAAGAAAAAUGAAGAAUUAAAUAUUUUAAAUAAAAAAUAUGAUAAUUUGAAAAAAACAAAUAUUGAUAUACAAAAGAAAAUAUGUUUCUUAAAAGAAGAAAUUGAUUAUUAUAAAAAUAAUGAAAAUAGUUUUAUUAUGCAGAAUAUAUUUAAUGCAGAAAAUAAUUUAGAUGAUAGUAUUUUUAAAAAGAAUUUUAUGAAAAUAUCUGUCUUAUAUAAUGUAUUAUUUAAAAUUGUUGUAUAUGAUCAAAGAAAUUUAUUUGAAAAAGAAAAAAUUCUAUAUUCUUUAGAAAAAGAAAAUACACAUUUUUUAAAAAAAAUUGUAGCAGAUGAAAUUUAUUGUUUAUAUUUAAAAGAUUGUAUUAGUAAAAUUAAUUUAACAUAUCAAAUAGAUUUACAUAAACAAGAAAAGAAAUAUAUGUUAUUAAAUUCGGAAUAUGAUGAACUUUAUAAUAAAUUCAUAGAAGAAAAAAAAGAAAAUUUAUUAUUAAAUGAAACAUAUGAUAAAAUUAUUUUUAAUCAAAAAAGUGAAAUAAAUAAAUUGAAAAGUCAUAUUUCUAUUCAAAAUAAAGAUAAAGAAAUAUUAACAAAAUAUAUUGAUAAUUACAUAACAUAUAUUGAAGAUUCAUAUCAAAAAUAUUGUAUUCUGAAUAAGGAAUAUAAAAAUUUAGAAGAAAUGCAUCAUGACCUGGAAGAAAAAAAUAAAAGUUUAAUUAUAUUAGUUAAUCGAAUGGAAGAUAAAUAUCCAAUUGAAAAUAAUAAUAAUAAUAAUAUUAAUGAGUUACAUAUGGAUCAUAUAAAAAUAAUGAAAAAUAAUUUAAAAGAUAAGGAUAUUAAAAUUUUUGAACUGCAAAAUAAAAAUUUAGAAUUAAUCAAAACUAUUGAUAAAUUAAAUGAUGAUAUUUUAAAAAAAAAUACAAAUAAAGAAUAUAUAGAAGUUGAAUCAGGAAAAAUGAAGGAUUUAUGUUUCGAUUUAAAAGAUAUUUGUUCAAAAUUAGAAUUAGAAAUUAAAGAAAAGAAUUUUAUUAUAGAUGACUUAACAAAUAAAUUAAAUCAAUCUGAGAAAAAAAAUAAAGACAAUCAAGUUAUAUUAGAAUUAUCUGAAUUUAGAAUCCAAAAUUUUAAUGAUAAUGUAAAAUAUUUUACUAGUAAAGUGAAUGAAUUAAAUGACAAAUUAACCAUUAAAGAUGAAGAAAUAACACGGUUACAUGAUUAUAAUGAAAAAAUAAAUCAAGAGAAGGAAAAUUUAUUUUAUGAACAUGUGCAUAUUUUAGAACAGUUAAAAGAAUUACAGAUGGAAAAUGAAAAAUUGAGAAAACAAAAUGUUAUAAUAAAGAAUGAAUUAAAUAAGAAUGGUAUUCAUUUGGAUGAAGAUAUAUAUAUGGAUAAGAUAAUAUGUGAAGGAGAUGUCGACAAUAGGAAAGACGGUAUGAUGAAUCAUAUAUCUAAAGAACAAAAGGAAGAAAAUGGUAAAUAUAUAAUCACCAAUAAUAAUAAUAAUAAUAAUAAUAAUAAUAACAUUAACAGUAGUAAUAAUAAUAAUUGUAAUAAUAAUAGUUGUGGUGGUUCAAAUUUAUUGAUGAAUAGUAGAUCCUUUCAAUAUCAUAAAUCCCGAAAUUAUACAGACGAUGAUAAAAACGAUUUAAUCAUAAAAAUUGAUAAAUUAACAGAUGAAAAUAUUUUAUUAAUUAAAGAGAAUGAAGAAGUUUUUGAUAAAUUACAAAUUGUGUCCAAUGAAAAUAUUAAAAUAAAAAAUGAAUUAAUGCAUACCAAAUCAGAUGCAGAAAAAUAUGUAUUCCAUUUAGAAUAUGAAAAAAAAGAAAAAUUAAAAUAUAAAAUGUUAUCAAUACAAAGGAAAAGACAAUCAUCACAAAUCAAAAGAAAAUUUCAUACAAUGAUGGAAAGAGUAAAAGAUUUAGUUUCUGAUAUUAAACAAAUAGAUAAAGAAAAUAAAAGAAAUGAUAUGAAUAAUUCUUUUUUUGUUUCCUCUUCUUCUGGUUCCUCUUAUGAAAAAUUAAACCAAUCUAAUGAUGAUUUAUUAUCUGCUAAUGAAAAUACUAAUACCCAAUUAAUGUUAUCAUCAAUAGGAAAAUCUAGAAAAAGUAUGAAUAAUAAUACAAGCAUAGAUGGAAAACAUAGUUUUUAUAGUAAAUCAACUAAAGUAUUAAGAUUAUCAGAAGAUAUGAAAGAUUUCAAUAUAUUCCAUGUUGAUAAAAUAAAAAAGAAGAAAAAGCAAAAUAAUAUUUCUAAUGCUUUUACAAGAAAUGAAACACAAGAAAAAAUAUUAUCUGAUCAUAUUAAAAGUAAAAAAUCUAAAGCAAAGGUAGGAAAAGGUAAAAAAAUAUAUAUGAAAAUACGUAUGCACCGAUUUUCUAUAUGUAGCAAUUUCCGAAUUAAUUUAAAAAAAUAUAAGCAUGCAUAUAAAGAACUAAAUAAUACUUUAUGCUUUUUAAAUCAAAAGAAAAAUGAUAAUUUAAAUAUGAUACAUCAUAAUAUACACUCGAAAAAUGCUAAAGGUUUAGAUACUUUUUAUUCUUUACCAAAUAGCGCUGAUUCGAAAAUAUUUGUUGAUGACGAAUUAAAUGAGAAAAAUGAAGAAUAUGAUAAACUGGUAAAAGUAGGAAAGAAACGAAGAAGAAAAAAAAUAAAAGAUAUGAAUAAUAAUUUAAAUAAUGAUUUUUUAAUAUUCGAAUCUGAAAAAAUUAUAAACGAUCUUAAUUAUAUUAAGCGAAAAUAUGAUUCGAAAGUUAAAGAAACACUAAAUAUGCAGAAAAAAUUAAUGAAUAAUGAAAAGGAAUUAAAUAAUACUAAUAUUAAAUAUGAAAAUUUAUUAAAUGAACAUGAUACGUUGAUAUCUGAUAUAAAAGAAAGAAGUGAAAAACUUUCCAAUAUAGAAAAAAAUUAUAAUUUGUUAUUCGAAAAAUAUAGUGAAACACAAGAUGAAAUAAAAAUGCAUGAACAAAAAACACAUGAAAUUUUUAAUGAAUGUAAUGAUUUAGUAGAAUAUAUGAAAAAGAAAGAAAAUAAAAUUAAAGAGGUUGAUGAAAAUCUUAAAAAAAUCGAAAUAAAAUAUCAAGAAGAAAAAGAGAAAAAUGAUAUUUUAACAAAAGAUAAUAUUUCAUUAAAUAAUUUAAGUUCUAAAUAUAAAGAAGACAUAGAAUUAUAUAAUAAGAAAUUAGAAAAUAUGCAUACUGAAUUAAAAUUAAGAUUAAGUAGAAUUGAAGAAUUAGAAUUAAUUCAAAAGAAUACAGAAAAUGAAAUGUAUUAUUUAAAAUCAGCUACAUAUAAAUAUGAUAUAAAUUUAAAAGAAGCACAUGAUGAAUUAAAUCGAACUAGUGAACAUACUAUGAAAUUAGAAAAGAAAUUAAAAGAAUGUGAAUUAAGUAUUGAUGUAUAUAAAGAAAAAAUUAUAAAUAGAGAUUAUAUGUUAUAUUUUGUGAAUGAUUGUUAUAAAAAGAAAGAAUAUUUUUUUAAGCAUUUAAAAAGAAGAAUUCAAGGAUUUAAUAAAGCUUUCAUAGAAUUAUUUGAAAAUAUAGAAAUGAAAGAUAUUAACAGAUUUAUUGAAUUACACCAACAUUUGGAAUUUAAUGAUAAUGAAUAUAAAAAAAAUGUUUUAGCAUUUCAACUAAAUAAAAAUGAUAAUCAUUUAAAUAAUCAACACCACCAACACAACAACAACAACAACAACAACAACAAUAAUAAUAAUAUAAUUCAUAAUGGUAACUUUAGUAGUAAUUAUCAUAACAAUUAUUAUAAUAAUAAUUUAGACGAUGUCAUGAAAAGUUUAGAUACCAUUGAUGAAUUAAACAUGAAAUACGAAGAAGAGAAAAAUGAAAUGCUAAACAGAAUUAAUGAAGUAGAAAAUAAAUUAAAAAUAAAAAUGAAUGAAAAUAAUUUAUUAUAUGAAAAAUAUGAAAAUAAUAUGAAAGAUAUAUUAAUAGAAAGGGAUGAAAGAGUUUCUGAUUGUUUAAUUUUAUCUGAAGAUGUGAAAAAAAAGAAUAAUGAAAUUAAUAUAUUAAUGAAAGAAUUAGAUGAGAAGAAUUUUGAAUGUAAUGAAAUACAUAUGAAAUGUACCUUUUUAAUAAAUGAAGUAAAAAAUUUAGAAAAAUCUAAAUCUCAUUUAAAUGAUAAAUUAAAAGAUAUAGAAAUACAUCAAGAAGAACAAAUUGAAUAUUUAAAAAAAGAAAAUAAUUAUUUAAAAGAAGAUAUAUAUAAUAUUAAAAAUGUGAUACAUAAUUUAGAUGAAGAAAUUUUAAAAUUAAAAGAUACAAUACAUGAUUUAAAUGAUGAAAAAUGUUGUUAUGAAAAUGAAAUAGAAAAAUUAAGAGAUAUGUUAGAAGAAGAAAAGAAAUUUAAUGAUAUGUUAAAAGAGAAUGAACAAAAUUUUAUAAAAGAAAUAAAAGAAGCACAUUUAUAUGCUAUUAAAAAAGAAGAAGAAAUUAAUUCAUUCAAAUUAAAUUAUGAAUUGGAUGAAAAAAAAUAUAUUGAUGAAAUUGAUAAAUUAAAAAAGAAAAAUGAAGAAUUUAAUAAUUCCAUAAAAAAUCAACGAAAACUUGUGUCUGAUUUAGAAACAAAAAUGUUAGAAUAUAAUGUGUUAUUAGAUAAAAAUACAAGUAUGAAAAUGUUAGUUCAAGAUUUAGAAAAUAAAAUUGAUGAUUUAAUUAAAGAUAAUGAAAAGUUAUGUAUUGAUCUUAAAAAAGAAAAAUUAAUAAGUGAUGAAAAGGAAAAAAGUAUAUUAUCGUUAAAUGAAGAUAUAAAAUUGUGUGAACAUAAAAUUAUGGAACAUGAUACCAUUAUGCUAAAAUUAAAAGAUGAAAAAGAAAAACUUAAUCAAGAAAUCCUAAUAUUAAAUGAUAUAAAAAAAAACAAAGAUCAUAUUAUUGAAGAAUUAGAAAAUAAUUUAAGAAAAGCUGUAUUUGGUGAUAUUAAAAUUAAUGAACUAGAAAAAACGAAAUUAGAACAUAAAAUUUUUACAGAACAAGAUUUAGGGUUCAACAAUAAUGAUCAUAAUAUAAAUGAUUUAUAUAAUUCUAAAAUAUGUAUAUUUAAUAAUAGUUAUAAUACAAAAAGCAAUAAAAUGAAUAUUGAUGAAUUGAAAAAAUAUAGCUUAUAUUUGAAAGAAGAAAAUGAUUUAAUAAAACAUGAAUUAAGAAAAUUAAAAGACAAAUCAAGUAUUGAUGAACAUAAAUAUAAAGAAAUUGAACGAAGUGUUGAAAAAAGAGAUGAAAUAAUUCAUAAAAUGAAUAAUGAAAUUCUUAUGUCUAAUGAUAAAAUAAAAGAUUUAGAAAAAGGAACGAAACAACUUAAUUCAGAAUUAUAUGCUAUCAAUGAAUUGUUAGCUAUUAGAAGUGAUGAAUGUAAAGAAUUAUCUAAUGAAUUAUAUGAAUUAACAGAUGAAAAAAAUAAAUUAAUUAUACAAAAUGAAGUUUAUCAAAAACAAAUCGAAUAUUUUAAAGAACAAAUAGAUGAUAAAACACAAUUAUUAAAUGAUCUAGAUAUGAUUAAGUUACAACAAGAAAAUAAUGAAUAUGAUAAAAAUGUUCUAAUAAAUAAAUAUAAUAAAGCUUUAAAUAGAUAUUAUAAAAUUUGUUCUAAUAUUAUAUAUUAUAAGAAAUAUUUAGAAAAAGAGUUAAGUUCGAAAAAUAAUGGAACAAAUUUGAAUGAUGAUAUAUCCUCUUUGAAUAAUUCAUUCAAUAUUGAAGAUAAUAAUAAAAUGGCUAUGUUUGGUGUUAAAAAUAAUAUGAAUGAUAUGAAUAAUAUGAACAAUAUGAAUAAUAUGAACAAUAUGAAUAAUAUGAAUAAUAUGAACAAUAUGAACAAUAUGAAUAGUAGUAAUAAUUCUAUUAUACAUUUAGACACAAUGUGUAAUUUAAAUGAUACAAAUCAAGUUACUGAAUAUGUAAAUGAAUUUUUGAAAUGUGUUCGAUUAUUAAUAUUUAAGAAAAGGGUAUUUGAGUCCAAGUUAGAAAGUGCUGAAAAGAAAUAUAAUAAUUUUAAAGAUAAAUUAAAAGAAGAAAAAGAUGUAAUAAAUGAUUUAAAGAAAAAAUUAAGACAAAGUCAAGAAUAUCACCCAAAUAAUAAUAAUAAUAAUAGUAAUAAUUAUAAUAAUAUGGAGGAACAAGCUUAUUAUGAAAAUAAAAAGGACGCUAAUUUUGAUAAGAAUAAUUUCUCUAUGAAUUACAAAGAAUUAAGUUCACAGAUAUUAUUAAAAGUAGCAGGUAAAAAUGAUAUGAUUGAAGAAAAUGAUUAUAUGAUUUUGAAAUAUGAAAAUGAGAAAUUAAUAGAAGAAAAUAAAUACCUAAAUGAUCAAAUAAAUAAUUUAUUUACAUUACAAAGUAGUUUUAAUAAAUUAAAUAAAAUAAAAGAGUCAGACGAGAAAGGAAAUGUUAUUAGUAAUAAUAAUAAUAAUAAUAAUAAUAAUAAUAAUAAUCACAAUGUUGAUAAUCAUUUUAAUAACAGCGCUGCUGAAUAUACAUAUCUGAAAUUUCAAGUAAAUACUAUAACGAACGAAUUAAAUAUAUAUAAAAAUAAAAAUGAAUAUUUAAUGAAAAAAGCACAAAAUUAUGAAGAUAUUAUAAAUAAUUUACAAAAAGAAAUUAUUCAUAUUAUAGAUAAACAAAAAGAAUGUGAUGAAGAAGUAUAUAAAAUGGAAAAGGAAUUAGAAAAGAAAAAUGAACAUAUCGAUAAUUUAGUAAAGAAAAGACAAAAAGAUCAAGAAAAUCUAGAUAUAGAAUAUUCUAAAGCUAUCAAAUUAGAAAAUGAAUUUUUAUCAUUAAAUGAAGAUAUAUUUAAAAAAGAUGAACAUAUUAAAGAAUAUGAAGAAUUAGUUAACAAAUUAAAUGAAGAUAUUAAAAUUCAUAUGAAAGAAAAAGAUGAUUUAAAAGAAUAUGCUGAAGAUUUAAAAAAUAAAUAUGAAUUAUUUGAAAAGAAAUAUAAUAAUUUAUUACAUGAUGUUAUUGAAAAUGAAAAUGAAAAUAAAAGUGAAUAUAUCAACAAAAAUGAUUAUAUCAACAAAAAUGAUUAUAUAAACAAAAAUGAUUAUAUCAACAAAAAUGAAAAAAAAAAUUCGUUAUCUACCAAUGAAAAGAAAGAAACACAAUCAUUAAUUAAUAAAUUAAAAAAUUAUGAUGUGAUGAUAACAGAUUUAAUGAAUGAAAAAGAUAUGCUGUUAAAUAAAUACAAUGAAUUGAAAAAUAUAUAUGAAGAAAAAAUAAAUAUAGAACAUGUGUUACAUAAUGAAAUAAAUGAAUUAAAGAAAGAAAAUGAAUACUUAAAUAAUACGAAAACAUCUUUAAAUAAACAAGUGGAUGAUUUAAUUAAAGAGAAUGAUGAAUAUAAUAAAAAAUGUAUUCAUUUAGAUAAUGAAAAAAUAGAUUUAUAUAAGAAAUUUGUCAAAGUAUCUGAGCAAUUAAAUCAUAUAAAUUCCUUAGAUAAAUAUGGAAAUAAUAAAAUGGGAGAAAUCAAAAAAUCAAAUGAUAUAAGAAAUACAUUGAAAGAAAAUGAGUUAAAUGAAAAACCAAAUGUAGCAGGAAGAAUAUCAAGUCAUACAAAUAAAUAUGAUCAAGAUGUAUCAAGUAAUAAUGUACAUCAUAUGAAUAAUAUGAGUGUGAAAUCAUUAGAAGAUCAUCAUGAUGAUAUUAUGGAAAAAAUGAAAAAUGAUAUGAACGAUUUAAGCAUAGAAAAUGAUUUACUAAAAGUAAAGAUUAAUGAAUUGGAACAAUUAAAUAGUAAUAUAUUUAAUGAUAAUAAAGAUUUAAUAAAUAUUAUAUCAAAUAUCGAAAAUGAUAAAAAAGGUAUUUCUGAUUCAAAAGAAAAUAAUAUUAAUAUGUUAGACAUGAAAGAUAUACAUAAUAAUUAUGAGAAUUUGUUAAUGGAAAAUAAAUUAGAAAAACAAGUAAAUGAAAAUUUGAAAUUAGAAAUAUAUAAUCUUAAAAAUAAAGUUAAUGAAUAUAAUAUGAUAAUAAAUAAAAAUUCACAUUAUGAAGAAAGUAAUAAAAGAGCAAAGAAUUAUUUAUAUUAUUUAAAUGAUAAAAUAAAAAGUUUUAUUAAAAUAUUUAGUACAAAUAACAUGAAUUAUGAUCAUUUGAAAUCUGAAUUGAAGAAAAUCAAAUUAAAUAAUUUAAUGAUUAUUCAAGAUAAUUUUAAUUCAUUAAAUCAUAGUGGUGCUGCUAGUAGUAGUAAAUUAUCUAAAAAAAAUAUAUCUUCUUCCAGUAAUUAUUCUUUAGAAGAUGAUGAUGAUGAUAAUAGUAGUAUAUGCUCAAAAAUGAUUGUAAAUUUUUUUACAUUAUAUAAAGAAGCAACAGCUAAAAAUUAUGAUAAUAAGAAAAGCCAUGAUAAUUAUAAAAAUGAUAUUGUGAUUAAUAGAAGUGAAUUACAAAAUGUGUAUAAAUAUAUAAUUAAACUAAAAGAAAAUUAUAUAAAAAAAUGUGUACUGGUAGAUAAUCAAAACAUAAUGAUUCAAGAAUUAAAUAAACAAAUAUUUACGUAUUCAGAACAAAAUAAAAAAUAUCAUGAUGAACAAAAUGAAUGGAAAAAUAAAGUAAGUGAUAUAAUAAAUGAGAAUUUAAUAAAGAUGGAAUCUUUUUCAAAAAUACAUAACAAUUUAUUAAAUAAACUUGAAGAAGAAAUAAAUAAAAAUAAUAAAUUAUCAAAUGAAUUAUAUAUCCAAAAUGAACAAAAUAAAUUGUAUCAAGAAAAUGAAAUGAAAAUUGAAAAUGCAUUAAACAGAAAUAAUCAAAUAGAUAAUAUGGAUAAAGAAUCAAAUAGUAAUUUAAAGAAAAUAUCUAUCUUAUUAGAUGAAUAUAAAGAAAUUAUUGAAACCAAUUCAAAAUUAUUAAUAAGAAAUAAUAAUAUUUUGUUAGAAAAUAAUACAUUAAAAGAUAUUAUUGGUAAAAUGGCUAAGGAUAUAAAUAAAUUAAAUUAUCAAUUAAAAGAAACAAAUAUUUUAAUUGAAGAAGAAAAAAAAGAAAAUAUAAAUCCUAAAGAAUUAAAAAAUAAAUAUACAAAUAUAAAUCAUAACCAAGGAAAUACUUUAAAUAAUAUAAACCAUAAAUUAAAUGAUACAAAUGAAGAAAAUAGUACAACAAAUAUUUUAAAUGAUAACAAAAAAUAUAAGAAUAAUGAUGAACGUAUAAAUGAAUAUGAAGAAAUCAUUUUAAUUAUUGAGAAAAAAAAUAAUGAAUUAGAAAAUAAUUGUCAAAAUUUAAAAAAAUCAAAUAAUGAAGUAUAUAAUAAGUAUAAUAAAUUAGUAUAUGAAUAUGAUUCAUUAAAAAAAUUUAUAAAGGAUAAGGUAAAGAAUAAUGAAUAUAUAGAUAUUGAUUUAAGUCAAUUUGAACAACAUAUCAAAAAAGACAUAUAUGAAAAAUUUGGAGAGAAAAAUAAUAAUAGUCAAAAUGAAUUAAGCAAUAUAAAUAAAGAUGUCAUUUUACCAUCUCUUAUAUCAUUUAAUCGUUGUGAUAUAAUGAAACUAUCUGAUCAUGUGAAUUCUAUAGAACUAUUAAAUGAUGAUUUGUUGAAUAAUAAGGAAUUAAACGUAUAUAUAAGUUUAAUAAAAACGGACAUUGAAAAUAUGUUAAAUGAUCACAAUUAUCAUAAUGAUAAAAAUGAUCAUAAUAAUUAUAAUUAUUAUAAUUAUUUUAAUCAUGGUAGUGGAUUUAUUCCAUAUGAGGAUAAUAACAUUUCAAAAAUAAAUAAAGACGAUUUAAUAGAAAAAUUAAAACAAAAAGAUUCGGAAAUUAAAGAAUAUGAAAAUAAACUUGAUAAUAUGAAUAUAUACGUUAAUAAAAAAGAAAGAGAAAUCGAGAAAUUAAAAGAAAUAUAUGGUGAUCAAUUUUCUAUUAAUAAAAAUUCAUAUAUAAGUAAUUCAAAUAAUAAUGAUAACAAAAGAAAUAGUAGUAACUUAUCAGAGAAACAUUUACAUAUAAAAGAAGAGUAUAAAGAAUUAUUAAACGAAUACAAAUUUUCCUUAAACUUAUUAAAUGAUACCAAAAACAAAUUAGACACACUCAAAAGAGAAAAGAAGGAUAUGGAAAAAUUAAAGGAAUUACAAAUUCAUGAUAAAGAUUAUAUUAUACAAAAUUUAAAAGGAAUAAACAGGGAAUUAGAAAAUAAUUUAAAUGAAAUAAAAAAAUCAUUCAAUGAAAAAAUAUUAGAAAAAGAAAAUAUUAUAGAAAAGAAUAAUGAUUUGAUAAAUAAUUUAAAUGAAGAAAUUAUUAUGUUGAAAUCUAUUAAAAUAAAAAAUAAUAAUUUUAUUAAAGAAUUGGAAUUACAAAUAAAGAAUUUAAAUAAUGAAAUCAAUACAUUAAACGAUAUGUUAAAAGAUUCGGAAGAAGAAAUUAGGAUGCUUAACCAUACCUUAGAAGAAAAACAAAACGAAUGUGUAAAAUUACGUAAUAAAUUGGAACAAAAUUAUUUACAUAUAUCAAAUGAGGAUAAGUAUGAUAAAUCAUCAAGUACAUAUAAUAAUAAUAAUAAUAAUAAUAAUUAUAAUAAUAAUAAUUAUAAUUAUAAUAAUAGUGAUGAUGAAAUAAAUGAAACUCGCAGGAGACAGGAUAACCAAAUUGAUGAUUUAAAAAGAAAAAGUGUAUUACAAAGUAAUGAACAUUAUAAAAAAAUGAAUGAAUUAAGAAGAGAUUUAAACAAUUCUUUUUCAAGUUAUAACAAACUAAAAUUUGAUAGUGAAAAACAAAUCGAAGAUUUUAAAGAAGAGGCAAAUAAUUUAAAAUUUUACAUUAACAAAAUCGAAGAAGAAAAUAAAAAAAAAGAAGAAAAACAUGCAUUAAUAGAAGUAGCCAUAAAAGAAAUGGAUAAAGAAAUAAAUAUAUUAAAAACACAACUUGAAAAAAAAAAUGUAUUUAUAAAUGAUAUACAAAAUAACUUGGAAGAAAAAAAGAAGACUCUUGAAUAUUUAGAAGAAGAUAUUAAAAUUGUACAACAUAUUAUAAUGAAAUAUGUACAAAAAUUAAAUUCUCUUAAAGAUAUCGAACAAUUAAUUGAUGAAUUAAAUGAAAACGAAUUAAAAACAAACGAAUAUUUCACAUUUAUAAAAGAUAUUUUUAUAAGUAUUCAUCAGAAUUAUAUGAAAGAAGAAUUAAACAGAAAAGAGCAAAUGAUUAUAAAUGGACAAGGAUUAAUUAAAGAAAAUGAAGUAAUUCAAUUAGAAGAAAAAUUAAAAGAAUUAACACUAGACAAAAAUAGAUAUGAUAAAGAUAUUAAAAAUCAGAAAGAUGAAUUACGUCAUUUAAUUGAUAGAAAGGAUUCUUAUGAAGACGAAUUAAAUCAUAUUAUAAACGAAUUAGAAAUAAAAAGAGAAGAAAUUAAUCAAAUGAAUAAUAAAUUGAAUGAAUUAAAAAAUAUUCAAAAUGAAAAUAAACGUAAAGUUGAAGAUAUAAAAACUAAAGAAGGAGAUUUAAAAUAUAAAGAAGAAGAAUUAAAAUAUCGAGAAGAGAAUUUAAAACAUAAAGAAGAAGAGUUAUUAAUUAAAAAUGAAAAUUAUAUGAAUAAAGAAAAAGAACUUAUGAAAAGUAAAGAAGAGUUAAUUGUUCGAGAAAAUGAUUUAAUAAAAAAUAAAGAAGAUUUAAUAGAUAAAACAAAUGAAUUGAUGUUGAAAAGAGAAGAAUUACAGAAAGAUAAAAUACAUAUUGAUGAAUUAAAAAAUGAUUUAAUGUUAAAAUUUGAGAAAUUAUAUAAUGCACAAAAUGAUAUUAAAGUUAAAGAAACGAAAUUGAAAAAAAUUUAUGAAAAAUUAAAAGAUCAUAAUAUAAUUGAAUUGUUUGAUAUAAAUAAUAGGGAUAACAAUAGUAAUAUAAAAAACCAUACUUCAAAUAAUAUAAAUAGUGAUAUAAAAAACCAUACUACAAAUAAUAUAAAUAAUAUUAACAAUAUUAACAAUAUUAACAAUCGGUUAUCAUUAAAAAGGUUGGGAAUACUUUUAGGACUUGAUGAAAUAGGAGAUGAAAAUGAACUUGAUUUUCAUUUUGAUAAAGAAAAUGAAAGUUUAAAUUUAGAUUCCCUUGAAUAUACAACAUAUUUUAACGAAUUCAAAAAGAGAAUUAAAAAUUUAAAAAACAAUUUAUUAAACAGAGAAAAGGAUGUUGAAAUAUACAAAAAGUCUUACGAAAUUGAAAAGAAAGAAAAAGAAAUUUACAAAAUCGAAUUAGAAAAAUUAAAUGAAUUAUUACACGUAGAACAAAUGAAUAGGAAAAAUCUGGAUUUAGAAUUAGAGAAAUAUAAAAGUGAAGAUACUCAUAUUGUAAAAUCCUUAAGAGAAUCUGAAGAAUUAUUAAAUGAAAAAAAUAAUAAAAUAUUAGAAUUACAACAAAAACUAAUUGAGACAUCAUAUGAAAUAAAUAUUAUGAUCGAUAAAAAUAAAAAUUUGAUAAAGGAAAAAGAUAAAGAUUAUGAACAGAAAAUUGAUAAUUUGAAUUCAAUUAUUAAUGAUUAUGAAAAAGAAAUAAAAGAAAUGAAUAAAGAAAAAUUAAAACUUACCAGAAAAUCUAUUGAAAAAAUGAUUGAUGAUGGAGAAGAUAUUAAAAAAUUGAAAAUCGAUUUAGAUGAAGCACAAGAAUUAAUAUUAGAUUUAAAAGAAAAAAAUGAAGAAUUAAAUAAUAUAAAUAUUGAAUUAAUAAAUUCUAAUAAAGAUAUGAGGUUAGAUAUUGAUGUAUUACUAUCAAAUGUUGACAAUUUGAAUAAAGAAAACAUAUUAAAUGAAAAGAAAAUGAAUGAAGAUGAACAAAAAUAUAAUGAAUUAAAAAUUGCAUAUGAUCAAAAAGUACAUGAGUUUAAUAAAUUAUAUAAUAUGCUUUCCAUAAAAAUGAAAAACAAAUUUGAUUCAGAAAAUGAUAUGGAACAAAAUUAUACAAAUGAUAAUGUUAAUAUGCAAAAAUCAAGAAAUAGUAUAAAUAAUAAGUAUGAUAUUAAUGAUUUUGAAAAUGAUACGAUAAUUGCCUUAAACGAAAAGAACAUGAUAAUCGAAUCUUUGAAUGAAAAGAUUGCACAUUAUGAAGAAGAAAAUUAUAAAAAAGAAGAACUAGUUAAUAAGUAUAAAAAUAUGAUAAACGAAUUAUCAAACAAGAUACACAUUUUUGAAGACAAUUUAGAUUUUUUAAUAAGUUUGAAUGAAUUUAUAAAAACGAAUAAUUUUACUUAUCAAAAUAUAUUAGAUAUAUUAAAUAAUUCAAUUUUAUAUAAAAAACUAUUAAGUAAAAUCUUGGUUGAAAAUCAAUUUUAUAAAUAUAUUAUAUCUAUCAGAGAUUGGUUAUUUGAAAUUAUAAAAUCAAAAAGUUAUAGUAAUAGUAAUAAUAAUAACAAUAACAAUAUUAUUAGUAAUAAUAGUAAUACCAGAGAAUCUGUAUUACGAAUGAGUUUAAGGAAGAAGGGUAAUUUUAAAAGAACGGCAAGUGUAACAUCGAAUAUUUAUAAUGAUUUGUUUUUAAGCGAAAAUGUUUUGUCAGCUGAAAAGGAGAAUGAUGAAAUAAUGAAUAGUUUUAAUAAAACCUUAAACGUUAUUGACGAUGAUUUUAACAGUUUUGAAAAUAUAUGUAUUGAAUUAAAUAAUUUGUUUAUAGAGGAAGAUUGGAAUAAUAUAUUUAUAAAAUUAAACAUUUUAGAAAAUCAAUUUAAAAAUAUUAUAAAUCUAAUUAUACAUGAAAUGAAGAAAAUAAAUAAGAAAAUAAAAAAUAAUAAUAAUGAAAAAUUGGAAUUAAAGAAGAGUGUAAAAAUAUUGAAGAAAAGAUUAAAUUCAAUAUCUAAUGAUCUUGAAAAACGUACAGAAGAAAUAGAACAUUUAAAUAUUGCCUUAAACAAGGAAUGUGCAGAAAAGGAUAUAUUAUUAAAUCAAUAUGAAGAUAUAAAAAAAACUUAUAAACAAUUAAAUGAACAAUAUAAUGAACAAAUUAUAUUAAUUCAAAAGAAUGAAUAUGAACUAAAAUCCUUAAGUGAUCAAUUAUUGUUAGAAAAAAAUGAAAAUCAAAUAAAAACAGAAAAAAUUAAUAAAUUAUUAAAUAGUGACUUGAACCAUUUCAAUACUUCAUUAGACAAAUCUGCAUAUCAAUUAUCUGAAUUAAACAAUGAAAAGAAAAAGAAUAAAAUAUUAUUGAAUGAAUUAGAAGAAAAAGAAAAAAUCAUUUCACAUUUACAAAAGGAUUUUGAAUCGAAUGUUGAGGUUAUUAAUGAGUUGAAAGAAUUUAACGAAAUGUUAAUUAACAAAUUGAAAAAAGAAGAAUAUAAAAAGGAGAAAGACAACAAUGUGUAUGAUAAAAAUAGUGACCAUAAUUAUAGUAAUAAUAAUGAUAAUAAUAAUAAUAGUAAUAAUAAUAAUAGUAGUAAUCGUAAUAGCCAUAGCAAUAAUAAUAAUAAUAAUAAUAAUAGUUGGAAUAAUAAUAUGAAGUCUUUCCAUAAAUGUGAUAUACCUAAUAAUGAACAUUUAGAAGAUAUAAAUAGAAACGAAUUAAUGAUAAUAAUAAGCAAAUUAGAAAAUGAAAAUAAUAUCUUAAAAGAAGAAUUAGAAAUUAUAAGAAAUAAUUUCCAUAUAUUAAAAGAAAAGAAAAAUGAACUUGAAGAUAUUAUUAAUAGUCACGAUGUAACAUUAAAUAAAAGAGAAAUUGAACUUAAUGAUAUUCUGAUAGAGAAAGAGAAAAUAUUAGAACAGACCAAUAAAUAUAAAAUUAAAUGUAUACAAAUUAUUGAUAUAUGUUUUAAUCAAGAUUUUAAUAUAAUAGAUAUUCGUGAAAAAAUUAUAACCAUAUUUGAGAAUGAUGAUGAACAAAUUAUGGAUAUAAUUAAUUGUCACAAAAAUAUGUUAUCUAAUAGUAAUAGUAAUAGUAAUAGAAAUAGUAAUAAUAAUAAUAAUAAUAAUAAUAAAUUAAACAUAUUACAGGAUGAAGAAUCUAGGAGUAAUAUUGAUGAAGAAAAAAUAUUACACAUGGAAGAAAUGAGUAAAAAAAAUGAAGAAUUAAUCAAAAAAAAUGAAGAAAUAUGGAAAUUAAACAAAUUUAUAGAAAAUUUAAAUAAAGAAAUUACAAAUAAAAAUUUUAUUAUUAUUUCAAAUCAACAAGAUAUUGAAAAUAAAAAUGAUAUAUUAGAAAAAAAUGAAACAUAUAUUAAUUUCUUAAAAGAUCAAAUUAAAUUAUUAUGUAAUAAUAUAGAUGAAAAUAAUUUAUUCGAUAUAAAUAAUGUUAAUUUAUCACCAACUCUUCGAAGCUUUAUCAAAAGAAAUAGUGUCCGUCCAAAAAAUGCCUAUUCCUCAAAUGAUAAUAAAGAGGAUCCAUUUUUUGAUGAUAUGAUAUAUAAUAAUCAUAUGAAUAGUAUAAAUAAAAUAAUUAAUGAUCAAGAUUCACAAUUAAAAAAGCAAAGAAUUUCUGAAGCUAAUAGUACUAGCCAACCACAUUAUAAUUUUUAUGAUGAAAAUGAAGUAAAACUAGAAGAAAUGAAUUUAAAAAUUGAAGAUUUAAAUGAUAAAUUAAAAACAUCUGAGAAUAAGAUAGUGAUCUUAAAAAAUGAAAAUAAUGAAUUAAUAGAAAAAUGUGAAUUUUUAAAAAGUGAAUUAAAAAAUGUUCAAGGAACCAAAAGACAUUUAAUGUUAUGUGAGAGUAGAAUUAAUAUAUUAGAAAAAGAAUUAGAAGAUAAAAAAAAUAAAUUAGAAGCACAGAAUCAAACUGUUAAUGAAUGUGUUGAUAUAUAUGUUGAAGAAAAUUCAGAAAAUUAUAAUAAAAUUUUAGAAUUAAAAAAAUUAAAUGAAAAAUAUAAAAUUGAAAUUAAUGUUUUAAAUGAUGAAAUAACAAAACUAAAAAAUGAAAUCAACACAUAUAAAAAUGAUUUAAAAAACAUUAAUGCUACACUAGAUUUUUAUAAAUCUACACAUGAUGAAUUAGUAAAUGAAUUUAGUAAAGAAGAAAUAAAUAAUGUAUAUUAUAUUAAAAUGUGUGAACAAUUAAAACAAGAAAAUCAAAAUUUUAAACAACUUUUAGAUUCUCAUGAAGAAAAUAAAAAUGAACUUUUAAAUAAUAUGAAACAAAUAAAAGAACAAUUAAAUAACUGUAUUAAAGAAAAUUAUGAAAUUAUUUUAGAUUUAGAAUUAUUACAAAUGCAAAAUAAUAUAUUAAAAGAAAAUUGUAAUUAUUAUAAAGAAAGGGAACAUAUUUUAAUAAAUAAGUUAGAUGAGAAUAAUAAUAUAAAAAAUUUGAAAAUUGACGAAAAUAUUAAUGAACAAAAUAUAACAGAAUUUAUAAAUAAAUUAAAUCAACAAAUUAAUUAUUUACAAGAUGAUAUAAAUAGCAAAUCCGACAAUAUCAUAUCAUUGAAAUAUCAAAUUAAAGCAUUUCAUUAUGAACAAAUAUCAAAAGAAAAUAAUCAACCAUAUAAACAAAAUGAUAAUACAAUUCAAGAAAUUGUAAAUCUCAAUAAUAUUACAUAUAUACAAAAUAAUUUGUUUAUCUAUAUUAGUUUAUUUAAAAGUGUUCUUUUUAUUAUAAGUGAAAUACUUUUUUUUAUUGACCCAACAAAUAAUUUAUACUUUGAAAUAUUAACACUUUUAAAAUUAAAAGCUCAAAAUCAAUCCUACGUAGAAUUUGAUACUAUGAUAAAACAUGUGGAUAUUUCCCAACAUGACUGUGAAAAUAUAUUUCAAUCUGUCCUUAAAUCGAAGACUAUAUUAAGAGAAAAAUUGCAACUGUUACAAUUAAAAAUUUGUUAA